GUGUUCAAUUUGUACUUUAUAAUUUCGAUGUUCUUUGAUUACUUGAGAAUAUUCGUUUAAUAUGACUGGAUAUAAUUUGAAAAAUGAUAAUGAGGUUAAAGAAUACCUAAAAAACCUGCAUACCGAAUACAUAUUCGGUUGUCGUAGCGAGAAAAAACCUGAGGUUUGUCAUUUGCUGGGCGAUUAUACGGAAUCUAUUACAAACGAUGAAAAAAAGGCGGCAAUCAUAUAUAAGGAAAAUUGUGAUAAACGUAAUUUCGGUAAAAGUUGCACAAAAUACGGAGAUUUCAGGGCAGUAGGUAGAGGAUGCAAGAAAAAUACCGUAGAAGCAUUUAAAUAUAUGCGAAAAGGCUGUGAUCUUGAUGAUCCAAGAGGUUGUCUUCAUGCUGGUGCUUUAGCAAUAAGUGCAGAAGAAGUUGAUCUAUCCAGGGAGACUGAAAUUUCUUUGGGAAUGCAUUUCCUAAAAAAGGCUUGUGAUCUUAAUCAAGAGAAAGGUUGCUUUUAUUUAUCAGGACUUUACUUGUCAGGCAUAGAUGGAUAUGUUGAAAAGAAUUUGAAGGAGGCAUAUGUAUUAUCAUUGAAAGCAUGUGAAUUUGGAAAUCCUUAUGCCUGUGCCAAUGUAUCCUUAAUGCAUAAGAAAGGUGACGGUGUGCAGCAAAAUGCAGAAUUGGCUAAAAGCUUUAGGACUAGAGCUGAAGAUUUGCUAAAGGAAAUAACAAAAUAUAAAAAACAAUUGAAAUUUCAACAAGGCGUUGACCCUCGGGCCAGAAAGACCAUGCGGUGCUACCUGUUCACUUCGAGCUGCUCGCUCGCAGCCAUACUCGUUGCCUUCCUCAGCCAUGGUGCCCUGGUGGCUGGUAACGAAGCAUCGAAUAACGUGGUAAACGUAGGAGUUUACUAUGAAUCACUAUGCCGCGAUAGUAUGCUAUGGAUCAAGGAGAAACUGUUGCCUUCGUACGAUCAACUGAAGGAUUACAUGAAUAUUACUUUCAUUCCUUAUGGAAAAGCGUCGCACACGCAGAACCCUGGAACCGGUCAGUGGCAGUUCUCGUGUCAGCACGGUUCCUCCGAGUGUGAUGGAAACAUGGCCCAAGCGUGUGGUAUUCACGCGAUUCAGAAAGAGGAACAGGCUGAAAAGGUUCAACAACUCACCGUGUCCCUGGUCGGUUGUGCAAUGACCUCGCGUUAUCCAUCGUCAUCCGUUCCACAGUGCGCGAAGAAGGCAGGACUAAGCGAGAAGGCGAAAGAGAGCAUCAACAAGUGCAUCGAGGGUCCUCUGUCCAAAGAGCUGUUGGUUGCAAAUGGCGAAAGAACAUCGGCCCUGAACCCGCCUCUUUCUUUCGUCCCAACGUUCACGAUCAACGGAGUGAACUCGAACGAGAUCCAAAACAAGGCGUUCAGCGAUUUCCCUAAACUAAUUUGCGACUAUCUGGCGGAGGGAGCGAAGCCGUCGCUGUGCAGUAGAGCUUGAAAAUAAACGGUUGCUUAACCCUUUCGCCACUAAAAGAUCUCUGUAGUGGGUCACACUGCUUUUUAUACAAAGCUUGCUGCAGCGUGUCAUCGCUAUAAUCCGUGUAAGAGGCCACUAUAGUAGGUUAGC